AUGCCAACGGUGAUAAGUGCACAAGAUAUCGAAAUAGCUCAAGAUCAACAUGACGAACUAGAGAGCUUGCUGCAAAGAUCAACGUCGUUGAAGUUACAAAAAUUAGUGGUAGAGCCUGAUACAGAGAUUUAUUAUGAUAUUACUAAUGGAAUAGUACGUCCAUAUGUUCCAAAGUCGCUCAGACGAACAGCCUUUCACACCAUUCAUGGCUUGGCACACCCUAGCGGUUGUACAAUAGCAAAAACAUGCAGGGAGUGCAUCGAGUGUCAACACGCUAAAGUUCAGAGACAUAACAGAGUACAACCUCUGGGUAUUGAAGUUCCAGAUGGACGAUUUAACCACGUGAACAUUGAUAUCGUCAAUAUGCCAACAGUGGAUGACUAUAAAUACUGCCUCACAAUCAUUGACAGGUUCACAAGAUGGCCCGUAGUCGUGUCUCUGGAAAAUAUAACAGCGAGCACAGUGGCAACAGCACUAUUCACACACUGGAUUAGUCAGUUUGGUACGCCUCUCACAAUAACGACGAAUCAAGAUCCUCAAUUUGAGUCGACAUUAUUCAGAACACUCACAAAUUUUGUUGGAGCAAAUAGAACGAGAUCGUCACCAUACUAUCCAGCCUCUAAUGGUCUUAUCGAGUGUUGGCAUUGCACGUUAAAAGCAGGGUUAAUGUGUAAGCCUGAUAUACCAUGGACAAGUUUACUCCCUUCAGUUUCGCUGGGCCUUCGUACGUGUUACAAGCCUGAUCUUGGGGCUUGA